AUGGCUGCGCCGCCCUCCGCCUACAAGGACCGGCAAUUCCUAGCUGUUAUAGGCGAUGAAGACUCCGUCACAGGACUAUUGCUUGCUGGCGUUGGUCACAUUACCGAUCCUCCAGAUUCGCAAAAGAACUUUCUAGUUUGCGAUGGGAAAACGGAGAAGUCUACGAUAGAGCAGGCCUUCAACAGAUUCACAAAAGAGCGCAAGGAUAUUGGUAUUGUUUUGAUUAACCAACAUCUCGCAGAAGUGAUCCGAGAUACCGUCGACAAGUUUCAGGACCCCUUCCCUGCAGUCCUGGAAAUCCCAAGCAAGGAUCAUCCGUAUGACCCAGAAAAGGACAGCGUACUUCGAAGAGUGAGAAGAUUAUUCGGCGAGUAA